ACGAUCGAGGCGCACUAUUUACUUACCGGGUUGUGAUUUCUGUGUAUUACCGUAUUUAUUUGAUGCGGAGCAUAUAAAACGUGCGUUUAAAUUACACAAACACCUGCUGAAAGGCAACAAACAGUUAAAUAUGGGAAAACAUGUACUGUUGGUGCGUAGUUUAUCACCAGGUUGGAUCUGUAUAGUUGGCCUACUACCGGUACUAUUAGUAUGUUUGUUAACAUCGGCCAGUCCGGUGUGUAAAUUUCAACAUGGAGAUGAAAUCUUAGACAUCAAGUGGAUGAAAAUUCGGUCAGAUAACACGGAAAUCUGUAUCCUGACUUGGUCCACAAAGGCAAUCUCGGACUGGGAUACCUGUAUUGGAAUAGAAGGCGGCAUCAAAAUGAGGCUGAACCCGAAGACAGACUUGACACAUGGAGUGAUUUCGUUAUUGACGCAAAAUCUGUCAGCGGCUGACGAAGGCAUUUACAUGGUUCGAAUUGCCUAUCACCACAAGCAGCCGAAAUAUUGCACUUUUCAUCUUCUACAGUCAGGGAACUCUACACUUAUUGAAGAGGGUACUAAAAUCCAGCAUACGGCUUUGGGCAAUACAGCACAGUUGAACUUUACGUCAGGACGAAAUCUUCAGCAGUUCAAACUUUUCAACGCCUUGAACAGGAGUCUGGUGCAGUGUGACAGCCACACCUGUAGCAGCAACCCGAACAGUGGGGCAGCGCCACGCUUCAUGGGUCGUGUUACCGACAGUAGCAUUGUGGUUGCUAUAAACGUAACAGAACUUGAGGAUUCGGGCCGUUAUUGGUUUGAAAUGGUUUACAAAGACAGACGCCCGACGACAGGAAAGCUUUAUCUUAGGGUGUACAAAUUACAAGACAAAGGUUCAGAGGAAGUAAGACCUACUACUACUACUACUACUACUACUACUAUGGGAAAAGAUUUACCAGGGGUUUAAGUCAAACUGCUCCGCCAAGAAACAACUUGGAGUUUAUGUUAUUUUCUCGGUUCUGGUACAUUUAAUCACCUUUCUAUCAGAAAUUGGCCGAUAACACUGAAUGCUCAUUAGCGAGAAAUUCCUUAAUUUGGUCAGUACUUAGAGACUCUUAACUUGGCCAGUACUUAAAGACUGUGUCAUGAAUCAUUGAAGUUGGAAAUUUAUUAAUUCAUUGCUACCAUUAAACAGUCAGGAUUCUGAGAUUACCACCCACUUAAAAUGUUUUGAAGUAUUAAUUUCGCUAACUGCAUCUUUACUUAGUAUAUAAAUGGGCAUUUUUUUUU